CAGUACUUCUCCGAUCCAAUCAGCCCCAAAUUAUUGCCUGACCCUUUAACUGAACCAUACUAUCAACCACCUUAUACAUUGGUCUUGGAGAUGACAGACAUAUUGGUACAUCCUGAGUACGAUAGAGCUACGGGAUGGCGUUUUAGGAAAAGACCAGGUGUUGAUGCUCUUCUCAGACAAUGUGCUCCUCCACUUUUUGAAAUUGUUAUUUUUACUUGUGAGGGAGGAAUGGGCGCUAUGCCAGUCAUUGACAAGCUAGAUUCAGAAGGUUGCAUCAUGUAUAGGUUGUUUAGAGAUUCCACCUUAUACAAAAAUGGUCAUCAUAUCAAGGACAUGUCUGCUCUUAACCGUGAUCUUUCCAAAGUUAUCGUCGUUGAUUGGGAUCGAAAUGCAACCAAAUUAAAUGAGAGUAAUGCUGUUCACUUAAAGAGAUGGGAUGGUGAUCCAUCCGAUACAACUUUGUUUGAUUUAAUUCCAUUUUUACGAACAAUAGCAACUUCCGGUGUAAGUGACGUUCGCACUGUCCUAGAUUUUUAUCGUCAACAAGGUGAUGAUAUGCUGGAAGUAUUUAAAGCGAACCAAGCCCGUUUCCUUGAAGAGGAACAACGUAGAACAAAACUGCAACGAGAACGUGGUGCUGCUAAUAACAGAUGGUCUUCUGGCGGCUUUACAGGAAAGCUCUUUGGCUCGAGGAGCGCACCGGUAGUUAAAAUUAUACAUGAUAUCAUGCCUGGUGAUUAA